CGAGCCUGGUAAUCAGUGUCGUUUCCGCGGCAGCAGUGGCCACCACGCGGCAGAUUACGCAGAUUACCACCCGUGGCACUAUACCCCCCCGCGUAUCCGACGGUUGUGACGCGCGGCCUGUGUGACAGUGCCGGGGGACCGUGCGUGAAACUCGCGACGGGGACUUAUGUCCUGUGACGCGACUCCGGCUCUACCGAGAAUCGUUGCACCGGCAGCGAACCGUGAGGCAGCAGAAGAAACUGAUACACUUGAAUUUAGGGACUGUCUUCAGGGUUGAUACCGUUGAUACCGUUGCCUGGCCUAAGGGACAUGGAUGUUUGACACGUUCCAUUCGGCGUAGAUGGGUAUCUGACGCAGUGACAGUGUCGUAGACGAUCUUCGGUGGCUAGAGACACUUGUACCUGCUUGCUCUGGAGCAGAUCGGUCGAAUCGUUGGAGUUGUUUGAGGGAAAGAGGCUGCGAGCUUGGAUGAUCGUAUAGUUGAAUAGAGGAUAGUAGAGAUUGAAAUAAUGUUGAUCGAGUAUGCCGAGCGGAGGAGUUCAGGAGACAUGUUGAUCUCUUAAAGAGACUGCUCCGGACUUUAAUGGGGGGAUCCGCUCGUGCCGGGUCGGUCGGUCCGCGGCGAUGCGGCGGAUUCCGAGAAUAACGGGCCCCGGGAACAGCCGGGAUGGCAGGCCGUGAGCGUUCCUGAUGAUACCGCGACGACCGAUUGCGAGCUAGACGGACAGCCGAUCGAAGAGCCGCCGCUGCGAUGACAGUCCUCUUUGUUGCCCGCCCCGUUGACGGUUUAAACAGUUCGCGCGGACGCGGCCUGUGUGGACAAUAAAAGCGAGGGGCGAUGACCUCUUGGACGAUGUCGGUGAUAAUCGAUGGACAGUCACGGGAAAAUUGAUUCGCGAGAGAGUGACGUGUACCAAGUGUAAAUUGUAAUUGGAGUGGUCAUUGAAAUGCUUCAAGUACUCUGACACCUUGUCGUUGAAUCCGACGACUCGCUGUUGAUGAAUUGCGCAACUAAGAUUAGAACCCCUCGAUGUUUCGCUCGAUCGAGACUGCGCUCGCUACGUCCGAUGACAAGUUAAUCGACCCCGAAGACUCCAAAUUAAAUGCAACGCGGUUUCCCAGCGAAGCUGCUCCACACUCGUGAAGACUCGAACCCCAGAAGACUGACGCGAAGCGCGGAGACUCAUCGAGAAUUUGUCGCCGCGACCCCGAAGGACACGAGAGGAUCAUGAGCAGCAGCGAGGGAGUGGUGACAGGUCAAGGCACCGGCAGCGAUCGUCUCUGCGAGGACGUGGACAUGGCGACCCCGACGUCGGCAUCGUCGAACCUGAAGCCGCGGAGCGGCAAGAUCAGCUUCAGCGUGGACUCCCUGCUGAGCGACAUGAAGAAGACAGCGGUUACCGGCGGGGCGUUCGCCAGGCGAGAGGCCGAGGACCGACUGGAGUCCGAGAAGUGCCUGGACAUGGAGGCCAGGUACCGCGAAUUGCUGAUCGAGCAGCAGAGGCUGCAGAGCAGAGAGCUGCUGGCCAGACUGAGCCCGCACGGUCUGACGUUCGCCAAUCAUCACCACCAUCAUCCGUCGAGCAGGCUGGAGCAGGAUCACCCGUCGGCUGGCCGGCAGGAGAUCCUGACCGUCAAGGAUUUCUCCAGGACCACCAGCCUCGACAAGUCCUCGUCGCCUAUCAGGAUAGACCAAGAGGUCCAGAGAGACAGGGACGAUCGGCGGUUGUCCGCUAGCUCGCCGGCCAGCAGGAUCACCGAAUCUAUGAUCCAGCGCGAACGCGGCCAAGAGGACGACGAGAGGAUCGACAGGAUCACCAACCCGCGAUCGGUGUCGCCUGCCAGCAGACGCGAGAUCAUGGACGAUAGAAGCGACUCCGAGGCGAACCGUUCCUUGGAGGGCGACAGGACCACCGAUCAUCUGGAUCUCGAGGAUCAAGAGAUCAGAAGCGUGGGCCAGUCCGAAGACCUGAACGUGAUGGACUCGGACUGCGAGCUGGAGAGGGACAUGGAGGGCAACCAGGAGAAGGAGGAGAAGUCCAGCCCGGUAGUGCCUCAGCCGAUUCAUCCGGGUGUCCAGAGGCCAUCCCAAGGGCCGCCUUACCUAGCCGGGGCACCCGGCGCACCCGGAUGGAAUCCUGCGGGAUUUCCGCAUUCCCUGGCGGGGUUCGCGUGGCUACCCCCACCCCCGCACCCGCACAAUCCUCACGGACAUCUUUACACGCCGCACGGAGGACCCACCAGUCCAAACGGCGACUUGAGGCUGCCGGGGCCAGGUCCGGGUCCAGUCAGGUGCACCCUGAGGAAGCACAAGCCGAACCGAAAGCCGAGGACGCCGUUCACCACGCAACAGCUGCUCUCCCUCGAGAAAAAGUUCCGCGAAAAGCAGUACCUGACGAUCGCCGAAAGAGCGGAGUUCUCGUCCUCCCUUCACCUCACGGAAACGCAGGUGAAGAUCUGGUUCCAAAACCGGCGGGCGAAGGCGAAACGGCUGCAAGAGGCCGAGAUAGAGAAGCUCAGGCUGUCGGCGAGGCCUCUGUUGCACCCGAGUUUCGGCUCGGGCCUGAUGUUCUCCGGAGUGGGGCCCCCUGGGACACCAGGAGUGCCUCCCUUCAUCGCGGCGGCCAUGGCUAGGCACACCCAUGUCGCGGCCGCGGCAGCCAUGUUCAUGGGGCCCCCUGGACACAGGCCUUAAUAAGGCAGACUCGGAGCCGCGCGAGCCCAAGUCGCUCGUACCCUGCGCCCUCCGAGCGGUUCGGCGACGGUGUGCCGCAGGAUAUCGGACUCGCCAGCUCCCGCAGGAUCCGGAGGAUCGAGACGGCGGCGCGACGCCGAUCCCGCCGGAAAAAGGAUCCCGAAACCUGUUCUUCCGAGGCAAAAAUGAGACACGCGCUGCGGAGACUGGAAGCCUGGAAAAAGAGGAUCUCGACGUCGUUAGCCGUCGGUGGCUCCGGAGGCUUCGGAGCGGAGGAAUCUCGAGAACGAAUUUUCGGACGGACGUUGGGAGGACUUUAUUCGAGGACGUUGCGCGAAGUUGUCUAGUUCGAGGACGAGGAAGAGUAUCUAGUGUCUAAGAGGAAGCAGCGAAGUCAGGUUUCGGGGGAUCCGUUCAGCUUGUGAAGAAUUCGGUUUAACCUGUGAUACCUCUGGAAUAAUAUUCCUGUGAGAAGGUCUAGGGUCCAGGUACCUAGACGAAGGGACUCGUAGUGGAUUUUCGGAGAAGCUGAGAUUGUUCGCAGGAUAUCGCGAAGUGGCGAAGACUCGGUGCAGAAUCGAGCUCGGAGUCAACGGCGACGUUGAAGCGACACGAGAGAAUUCAAAUCCUAAAGUUCAAAGCCGUCAUCGCCGCGCUUCCAAGCGGACAGCGAACGCUCCGUCGAAAUCGAAUCGGACGGAACGACGCGUUCGCCGUCGCGCGAUGUUGCGCGAUCCCGGAUUCGACGGAGACUCCGACUGUACUCUCGAUUGUGCGCGAAAUCGGCAGCGAGAGAACGAAGAGAGGAUUCUCGAGUGUCGGAGAGACUGUUCGUUUAUCCCUCGGCCUCUUCAUUCUCGCUUCUCCGCGGAGCAGAAGCGUUCGCGAGUGUCCGAGCAAUCUCGCGGGAGGAUUAACACGUUGAACGCCACGUAAACGCCACGUAAACUGUUUUCAUUAACCAAAUCGAGAUUCUUGACACAUCGCGUACCGGAAUUUUCAGAAAACUGAAUUGUGAUGGCAAUUUUCACCGAGGUCAACUUGUAUCACUAUACAUAGAGAAACUCAGAUAUAUUGUUGUGUAAUAUAUUUCAAAUAGAUAAUUCGAAUCAGAUUUUAUAUUUUCUUCAAUGCUGUGGUAAUUAGCGAAGUUGCAUAGCUAAGUGUCUUUACAUAAAAACGAGACUUCUCGUUACCUGUACGCAAUGUGUUAAUUGCUCCACUGUUUCUUAUAUCUCGUAUACAACAAAAUUCAGUUCGAUGCGUCAAGAAAACGAAUAUCCAAGUUUCUAUAAAAACAAUGUUACUCGAGUCCAGGUGACGUGGCAGUCAAAGUGUUAACGCGUUGACUGCCACGAGAACCUUCGGAGCUUUGUCUCGCUUAUUCUUUCGUAGCAAAGAUGGGGAACAGAUAUUUAUUAUUUAGUAUCGGAAUGCUUACAUUACACUGUUACCUAGUAAUACGAAAUAUUCCCAUUCGACAUUAGUUAUCCGACAAAUUGUAAUUAUCAAGUAAUUUGGGAGCGACGUGGCAGUCGACGUGUUAACCGUUUGGAUGCUAAACUUUUGUGGAUAUUUACCAAAAAUGCGGAAGUGAUUGGGUGCGUAUGCAAAAGAAUUAAUAAGAGUACUUACCUAAUGAGAUCACGAAUAUGUCAUUACAAAGAAAUAUCAAAAAAGAACAUUCAUUCAAAUAAAUUUACUUUAUUUCUCGAAGAAUCUAGCAAGAAAAUUCUAAUUGAUACCGACGAACAGAAGCGCCUCCGCAAUUUUGCGUUCAGCACUCAAACGGCGAAAGACCGAAGGAUCCAGCCCGCGAAGGGAUCGCGCGGCGCGGAGCGUUUAGAAAGUAUUUUCGAAGGCGUCGAUCUCACGAGGAAACACCGAUUGUACAUAUUGUAAAUAGCCGUGUUAACCGUAAGUGUACGUAUGUAUAUACACGUAAUAUACACAUACAUAAACAUAUACAUAUACAUAUACAUAUACAUAUACAUAUACAUAUAUAUAUAUAUAUACACGACACACGUGUACAGGAGAGGCUUCUCGCGGUUUCCGCGCGAGUGAGGAACGUUAGACCGAGACGCGGGAAGAGACGGAGGAUCGGCGGAACCGCGGACGGGAAAAAGAUCGACGAUAUUCGAUCCACCUUAGGCUUAGGCCGCGGACUCGGCAUUUCAAUUGACCCGCUCCGUUCGGCUCGUUUAUCCGCGGGGAAAUUUAUGGGUGAGA